CGACAUGCACAUCUUCCUAUAAAAUCUGCAACAAAGUGCAAAAACAAAUCAUUGUAGUGUAGAUUGUUAGCAAAACGUCAAACAUGUAUUACUAUGUGACAUGGGUGCUAUUUCUAAGUGCAGUUGUGCAAAGUUCACAAAAUUUCGAAGACAAUCUUGUCAAAAGAAUGGUAAAGGAGUGUUUGGUCUCACGCAAUGCAAUCCUAUGUUUCGCCAAUAAAGCUGCAAAAGCUCUGGAGAGGUCCAUGGACUGGAAUGUGCAUUUUUUUGACGGUGUCACAUUUGAGAGAAACAAGGAAAAAGCUCCAGAGAGUGAAGCCAGAGCUCGCACUUACGGCUUCGGCCGAUUGUUCAAAGCAUUGAACGAUUUUUUGAAUACACACACGUUGACUUUGGAUUUGACCAAAGGGGAAACAGCAGUGGAGGCUCGCGGUGGCGGAGGAGGAGGUGAAGGUGGUGGAGGAGGAGAUGAAGGUGGCGGAUUUGGAGGAUACAAAAACGCCAUAAAAAAGGAAAAAAAAUACAUGCAGUAUGCGUUUAUGGUACUUCUUGGUAUUUUUGGCUUGACUGGACCUUUAAUGAUGAAAACGUUGGCAAUAAUGGCGGCGAAGGCACUGCUUGCUAGAUCAGGAGAAGACUUCUGUUAAGGUUCAUACUGUUAGUGCUCAUGAUGGCCACGACAGAAUCUACAUUCCCACUCAGUCAGCACCUUAUUGGUCAUAUCAACCCGAUUCUAAACACACGUGACACAAAAAUGAUUUACUUUAUAAUUUAUUUAUUUAUUGUUAAGUUAAAUAAAAGUUCUUCGAUGAA